CGGGCGAGCGAGCGGGCCAUGGAGGCGCUGGCGAUGCUGGCGGGGGGCGCGGCGCUCCUGCUGGGGCUCUACGCGCUGCUCUACUACAACUUCGCGGUGGGCCCCCGGUGCCGGAACGCGGUCAGCCUGCGGGGCAAGACGGUUCUCAUCACAGGUGGAAAUGUAGGGAUCGGGAAGGCCACAGCAGUGGAUCUGGCCCGGAGAGGUGCCCGUGUCAUUCUGGCAUGCCGCGACAAAGCAAGAGGAGAAUCGGCUGUGUGUGACAUCAGACGGGAAAGUGGGAACUCGGAGGUGAUCCUGAUGAUCCUGGAUCUGGCCAACCUCAACUCCGUGCAAGCUUUUGCAGAGACCUUCUUAAAAUCGGAGCCCCGUCUGGACAUCCUCAUCAAUAAUGCCGGGGUCUUUAAGGCUGGUCAAACCGCUGAUGGCUUUGAUGAGGCCUUCCAGGUCAACCACCUGGCCCACUUCCUGCUGACCCACCUGCUCCUGGACAGGAUGAAGCGCUGCGCCCCAAGCCGGGUCGUAAUUGUGGCUUCAAAUUUUCAUUUCUUCGGGAAGAUCGACUUUCGAACCAUCCACAAACCAGGGAAGGGUAUGUGGCAGGGCCUACAAUCGUACUGCAACAGCAAACUAGCCAACAUUCUCCAUGCGCGAGAAUUGGCCAAUCGGCUGGAAGGAACCAACGUCACCUGCUACGCGGUUCAUCCAGGAUUUGUUCAAACCGAAUUGGCUCGCUCCUACUCCCGUUGGGUGAUUUGGCUGAGUUGGUCCAUCAAGCCAUUCCUCCGAGACUGGAAAACAGGCGCCCAGACCACCAUCUUCUGCGCCACCGAGGAGGGCAUCGAGAGGCUGAGUGGUCAGUAUUUCGCGGACUGCCAGCCGAAGGUGCCCUGGCCACAAGCCCACGAUGACCAGAUGGCUGAGAUAUUCUGGGAAUUCAGCGAGAUGCUGCUGGGACUGACCACUCCAUACGGGAAGGGACAGAGACAGAGUUUGGGGUAACCAAAAUCGGGCUUCUGAUUGCAGGUAGCCCUCGACUUACAACCAUCCAUUUAGCGACCUUUCAAAGUUACAACGCCCUUGGAAAAAUCGACUUAUCACCAGCGUCAAGAUUCUGAUUGACGAACCCAACCAAGUAAACAUUUUUGAGGCUUUCUGAACUCUUAAUGUAAAACUUUAUUGAGUACAUCAUUACGGCAUGCAUGCAAGCAAAAUCAGCUCUGGCAAAACCCCACCCAAGCCCCAUAUAGUAAAAGUAUAGAAUUCCCCCUCCUCCUUCUUGGUCAGGUCACAUUGCCCAAUUCGGAGGGAAAAUAUGGUUAUGAGAAAGUGUCUCUGGGUCUGGCCAGACACCUGGUGAACCGGCCUUGGUUCUUACGGUCUGCUUUCUUGAUCCUUUGAAGUCUACAUUCCGGUCCCCUAUCCCUCCCCCCAAGUUUGUUGACAAGCUGGG